UCGAUUACACCUAGAGAGAAAUAAGUAUUUCACAUUCUCUGUUCUACAUUUUGGGAUUUCAUCUAACAAGUUUCAAUGCAAUUGUUAGAGACUCUCUUAUAUUUUUCUCCAUUAAAAUUAUUUAUUUGGUCUCGACAACUUAUGAUUUUUAUCCUUGUAUUAAGGAGUUUUUUAUGUUAAUCAAAUUGGUUCUCUUAUCUAUUUUUUCUUAAUUUCUAUGUUGUGUUCUAUUUUUAUUGAUACUUCUCAGGUGUUAUUACAAGUUUUUGAUGGAGUUUGUUAUUGGACGGAAACGAAAUGGAUAUUUGUUUAAUUGACGCGGAAAAAAAUUUCAUAGAGAUCAUAGUUAGUGCCUUAUAAAUACUAACCAAAGCAUUGCUCUGCACCACAAACCAUUGCUAGUUUAGUUACGUACAUAGCUUGAAAACACAGUGCUUGUUUAGACUAGUAUCUUCCAUGGCUCCGAAAGAUAGAAUCCUGGUUUUGGGACCCACAGGAGCCAUUGGAAGACACAUAGUUUGGGCAAGUGUAAAGGCAGGGAAUCCCACUUUUAUAUUGGUUAGGGACACCCCUGCCUCUGUUAACAAGCCAAGGCUUGUCACUGCUGCUAAUCCUGAAACCAGGGAAGAGCUCAUUCAGAGCUUCCAAAAUUCUGGAGUUACUCUAAUCCAGGGAGAUAUGAACGAUCAUGAAAGUCUGGUUAAUGCAAUCAAGCAAGUUGAUGUAGUAAUCUGCUCAUUUGGUAGACUACUAAUAGAAGACCAAGUCAAGAUCGUUGCAGCAAUAAAAGAAGCUGGAAACGUCAAGAGAUUUUUCCCAUCUGAAUUUGGGCUGGAUGUGGACCGUCACGAUGCGGCUGAGCCUGUAAGAGAAGUUUUCGAGGAAAAAGCGAAAAUUCGAAGAGUAAUUGAAGCUGAAGGAAUUCCUUACACUUACCUAUGUUGUCAUGCCUUUACUGGUUAUUUCUUACGUAACCUGGCACAGAUUGACAUCACUGUUCCUCCUAGGGACAAGGUGUUCAUACAAGGAGAUGGAAAUGUGAAAGGAGCGUAUAUUACUGAGGCUGAUGUGGGAACUUUUACCAUCGAAGCAGCAAAUGACCCUAGAGCCUUGAACAAAGCCGUGCACAUAAGACUCCCAAACAAUUAUUUGUCCUUAAAUGAUAUCAUCUCUUUGUGGGAGAAAAAAAUUGGGAAAACUCUUGAGAAAAUUUAUGUUUCAGAAGAAGAAGUUCUUAAGCAAAUUAAGGAGACUUCUUUCCCAAAUAAUUAUCUUCUGGCACUAUACCACUCACAGCAGAUAAAGGGAGAUGCAGUGUAUGAGAUUGACCCUGCCAAAGACCUUGAGGCUUCUGAGGCUUAUCCUCACGUGGAAUACAGCACUGUUUCUGAAUAUUUGGAUCAGUUUGUCUGAUUUCCGAAAUCUUAGGAACCAAAGCACUUAUAUGAUUUUAUCACUCUGCAAAAUGCUUAAUAAAACAAAUGCAGUUCUUCCUUCUGUUUUUCUUUCAGAAAAGGCCUAUGCAGGCUUUUUUGCUGCACUACCAUUGUCUGUUUCGUAGUGGUUGCUUGUGUUUGUCCUGUUCUCAAGAAAGUAUCCACAUUUAUCAUUUAUGUAAUGUUCUACCUGAAAAAUAAUAAUAUAAUCUGUUUUAAUAUUGUUACA